CUAUGAUGUUACAAAAAAAAACUAAGGCUAUGAUAUUCAACAGCAUAGUUAUGAGCGAAAAUCAGCAACUAACCAGCUGUCUCACGAUUGUUUUACAUUUUGAAAAAAAAAAGGAACCUGCCAAGAUUCGUGGCCUUUGAAAGAGUUAAACACAUUCAUUAUUUUCACAUAAUGAACAUAGUUUUAUUCUCACCUUCGCAUUGUAAUUAGACUAUAGGCUUAGUUGAGAACCACUCCUCUUCAAAAUCUUAAUCGAGUCUAGUCUAACUUUUUGUGAUACCAUUGUUCCUGUGAGCCAUCACAAUUCAAUUCGAAGCUCUGUCAUCCUGAAAAAAAGUAGUGUAACUUAAAAGCUGAAAGGAAGUGAUCAGAUCAAAUUUCUUAUAAACGGUGAGACUAUGUCUUUACCUGUGAACGACCCGAAGAAGAUAAAACAUAAUACGAAACCUUGAGAUUCCCAAGCCGUAGGGAAUUUGUAUUCGAUCAAUGUAUAAGUAGGAGAUGUACGCAAGUGAGUUUUGUUGCUGUCAAGUAUGAGGAGUAGUUGGAGCUCCUGUAGAUUUUUUCCGACGAUUAGCUAAUCUGCGUAUUUGGAUGGUUUUUAAUGUUUGCCUCAGCUAUUAAGUCAGAUAAUUGAAGCUAACACCUACAGGGAGAGGAAUACAUUAUCAACGAACUAUAUAUUAGAUUUAUCAUAUAGAUCGGCUCUCCUGUCGCAGUUCGCAUUGAACUAUUUGAUAGAAUGAAACCUGAACCUAGCUUUGGAGGCUGUAGAUUUUGGUUGAUGUAAAAGGGCUUUAUAUAGAAAGAGAAACAAAGGAGAUUAAACAAAAUCAUAAAGAAAGGAGUAAAGAACAUAUUGAAUCAUUUAGAGUGAUCGUGGUAACGGUGAAUAUCAGAGAGUUGAAACGACGAAGACGAAGUGUAAAGGUCUGGGACAAUCAAGCUGUGAAGGAAAAGGCUGGGCCAUUUCGAAAUUUAGAAGCCCAUUUGAAUGCCCGAUUCUAAGUCGACAGAGCAGUGCUGACAUGGUCAAAUAAAUGUUUAUGAUUGGAUGAUUUUAUUAAUCCUACGUGGAUGUCCUGAGCUUUGAGCUUAUUCUCCUUUUAGUAUAGGUUAGAUUAGAAAGAGGAAAAUAUUGGUAAUGUAGUUUUUUAUACUUUAAAAAUGAAACAAUUAGGAAAAGCUAGUAACUAUAGUUUCAAAAUAUCCAAAAGAAUAUCCAAAAAAUCAAUUUUCAGUCACCAAGAAGUAAAAUAUUUGUGGAAAUUGUGUUUUAAAUCUGCCAUUAAUGUAUGUUAUAUCACCCAAUUAUUGUAAAUGCCCAACAAUGAAACUUAAUAAGAUAAUUAGAAUUAAAACAUUAUUAUUAACUUGGCAAAGUCAAAAGGCUAAUAACAAUGGACUUGGAUUUUUCUUCAACAACUUGCCAAAGUGGUUGACAAUUUCUCCCAAAUUUUCCAUAUAAAGAUAGAGUCAUAUUAAUUAAUGUGGUUUCUUGUUACUUUUCUUUUAGGCUCAAAACAGCAAAUGAUUCAUCAAGUGUUGAAAUGUUGACCGAGGCAGUCCAACGAUUCUCUCACACUUGAAAAUAAGUUUCAACCUCUUUUUUUUUUUGUCAACAGUUUCAACCUCUUUAAAAACCCAAUAAGAUGUGUUAAAAUUCUUAAUCUCCAUCAACAAUGGGAAACUCUCUAAAGUCUUUCAAACGCCAACCUCAUUCAGUGGCCUACAAGCGUCCCAUCUCUGUUUCAGGUACAUAUAUGUUUUUCAGAUGCACUUUACUUGUCCUUCACGUAAACUUGCAUGAAAAGUUUGAGGCAGAAAACGACAAUCUGAAAGUCUUCAGCUUCACGGAACUGAAGAAAGCAACUAAGAACUUCAGAGAAUGCAGGGUCGUAGAUGGUGACGAUCGCUCUUCUCGAAAGUUCUACAAGGGCUACAUCGAUGAGUAUGUUCCAUCAAGAACUGUAACCGGAAUCACUGUUUCUGUCCUGGAUGUUGGUAGCUCAUUCCCUCUACAAGACCGAGAGAUAAGCAAAGAACAAGUGCAAUCUCUAGGACAAAUUAUUCAUCCCAAUGUGGUCAAAUUUUUGGGUUACUGUUGUGAAGAUGACAAAAUACACUUCUUGGUUUUUGAAUACUUCCACAAAGGAAGCUUGGACCGUCACAUUUAUGGAAAAGAAGAAGAACCACUACCGUGGGAGAUACGGGUUAAGAUAGCCAUUGGAGUAGCUCGAGGUGUUGAAUUUAUCCACUUUAUCAAGAACAAACCGUUAUUUCGAAAACUCAGAAUGUAUAACAUUAUGCAUGAUGAGCAAUACAAUGCAAAAUUGUUUUAUCUUGAAUCAAACCAAGAAGAUGCAUGUAGACUCAUUGGAGGACUUGAAUACGAACCUCCUGAAUAUGUACAAUGUCGUCUGGAUUUGAAGUCUGACGUUUUCACGCUUGGUGUGAUCUUGCUUGACCUUGUAACUGGUUCUAAAGAUACAAUACGAAAGGAGAGAAGAAAAAGCAUAGCUACCACCAGACCAUCUUUAUUGUGCGAUAAUCAGAAGAUUAGGGAAAUAAUCGAUCCACGACUUAGGAAUGAUUAUCCAGUGAAUGACGUGAAAGAAAUGGGCAUACUCAUCCAAAGAUGCACCAAGUGGGACAAGAAUGAAUGACCACUGAUGCAGCAAGUCUUGGAUUCUCUAAGUUACAUUGCAGAGUUUAAGACUAAUGUGCAGAGGCUACUAAUACUUUUCACUACAUUGGAAAAGUGAAGAGGUUAAUGAUAGAUUAAUACCCAAAACCCAUGCUAGAGCGAAAUCAUGGACUAUUUUGUUCUAAUCAUAUUACUUAUAAACACUAAUCUCAUAAGAUCGAUGAUAUGAUCCAUGCAUAAGUUGUUAACCAUCAUAUUAUCAUGCACUUGUAGCACUUCGGUUUGUCCUAUGAAUCAGAGAAGGAUCAUUGUUUGGGAACAAAA